UACUUAAAAUAUGUGAUCUUUUUUAUGUAAUUUGUCUGUUUAUUGACAUUUUGUAUUGAAGGUUAAUUCAGGUUCAUAAGAUUUAUGUAUAUUAUUUAAGCUACUUUAUCUCUAAUUUUUUUUGUCAAUAUUCAUGUCAUUCAAUACCUAGGUAGGUACGUUAUUUUUAGAACAUAUGUACUGCGUAGUGCAAAUAUGUUAAUUUAUAAAUAAAACAAUAUCAUAUCAAUUAAAUAAAGUGCAUGCACUUAUAAUACGAAAAGCAUAAUUAAAAAGAAACAUGGGAAUGUAAAUUACACGUUAUAUUAGUGUCACCUCGGUUGUUGACAUCGGUGAAUUAUUAAAAAAAUAGCACAUUCGGGGUUGCCCGCACUGCGACCAAUCGAUCGUGUCACCCGCGCAUGCGCAAACCAACUACCCAUAAGUCAGUUUUAAAACGACACGGAUCACCUUAGGUACCCAAGAUGCCGAAGCCGACGCCUGUCGAGGAUCUGAUCAUUCCUCCGCAAGAUCAAAAAAUAUGUGGGACUAUAUGUGUAUGUCAGAUGACAGCUGUGCUGAGUGCCGUCGCCAUUGUGUACCUGACAGUCGCCAUUUAUAUGCCGUACUCCAGAGCUAUUAGUUCAGGCAUAGACCCUGUACCGAUUAUGUGUACCACGACACGAGCAGUCAACAAAGACAAUUGCGAUUGGGGAUCAUGUGGUGAAUGGUGUCUCAGCAAGACCUCUGGUGCUUGCAUACAGAUCUAUGUUAACGUCAGAAAGAAUGGAUCAUCUUUACUUCUUUCCGAAUGUGGGAGUGCUGCCAAUAAAACUUGCUACGGUAUAGACCAAGAGAAUGCAAAAAAAUAUCACUGCAUUCGAGAUGAAUGUAGAAAUUUAACUGGCACUUUUAACUGUACUGAAGGCAAAUGUAUAAACAUUACUGAUGCCUUUGAAUGCGCUUUCAGAGAAACCGAUCCACCUUUAAAAUGUUCCGGUAGAAGAGGUAAAAUAACAUGUAUAGACGUCCAUGGCCUGUUUUCAUGUAACAGAGGCACUUGUAGAAAAAUUAGAACACCUUAUAAUUGUGAUCGUCGAUGCGUCGAUAUUCCAACCCGCAACAAAAAUGUGAUUGUGUUAAGCGGAGACAGAGUGUUUUUAGCUAGAUGUUCUAAAUUAGCCCAAGAAGAUGGUGGCAGUGUUGUGUGGACGGAUUCUGGGGAGGAAGUUUUAAUGUUGUCAUGUCAUGCAGUUCAUAAUGGUACAUCUGGAGUAGUCGCUAUUGAUUGCAUAAAUGCGGCAUUACUACCUCGAACUGAGAUUUCGGAUUUGACGAACUUUACUUACCUCCAAUAUUUAUAUACUACAAGGGCGGUUUCAAAUCGACUUAUUGCACCAUCAGAAGUAGAACUCACAAUAGCUAAUGAUAGCCGUUUAAUGAUUAAUUUAGAAGGUUGCGUCAAUACUUUAGCUGACGAAUGUAAAGAAUUUCUAAAGGAUUAUGGAAGAGACGGUACAGAUCACAAUGCAAAGGCAAGGUUCCCUUGCUUUUACACAGAAAAUGAUCCUGAAACAGUUGUAGCUAGAUUUGAUUUAGAUGCCACGUACCGUCAGUUUAUUGUAGCUCUGAUUCUACCUACAGUUUUAGUUUGUGUGUCGUGUGUAACAUUGUUGUUAUGUCAAAAGACAAUAGAAGUUGGUGACGAUGCUAAGAUGAGAUUCAAAAAGUUCAAGAACGGCGGUGGUCAAGCUGAAAUGCAAAUGUCACCAAAUGAUCCUGUUUCUCCACUCUGA